GAUUCGUGCCACCUUGUCCCUUCCAAAUCAAUCCCGAUUGAGUGCAAUAUCGAUGGAAAGUGAAGGAUCAUCACCGCCCGCCUUUGGGCCUGCUGCACUAGGCUUGCAUCCAGUGGGAACGAAAUUUCCUGUCAAAACAACGAACACACAGCCCAUGCAAGUACUGAACGCAAGAGGAAUGCCCGCACGAAUUCGAAAAAAGAAUCGUCUCUUCUUCGACGACGACAUCAUCAACGACAAAAUCCCAUCCGUAAAGGCAACGCCGAAAAAAACUCCCGGCUCUGCAAAGAAACCGUUGCUCAGCAGCAAAACACCUCGCAGGGAGUUAUCUACUUCGCCCCGAAAAGUGUUGCCCCGACUGUCUUUGAAAAAGAAGUAUUCUUCGCGCUAUGCACACCUGAAGCAGAGCGGCCGAAAAAGGAAGAUCGAUGAGCAUGAGGAGAAGGUGCACGAUAUAAUGAAAAUGAUCAAUACGAGUGCAUCGGCCGAAACAGAAAAGAAGCUUGGUCGCCAGUUCCGAAACUUUAUCGUACUUUCCAAGGCACAUCGGUUUUGCUAUUUUGAAUUUUUCUACAGUGACAUCGACCGCAACCUGUUCGGAACACCGAGUGAAUUUGAGCAGCUGGUGCAAACGCACUAUCCACAGUUGAAAACGAAAAAUCUCACCCGUGCAGAGUGGCGCAAGAUUCGAGCAUCUUUCGGUAAACCACGGCUCUUCUCACCAGCAUUCAUAAUGGAAGAACGGCUGGAGCUGGCACGUAAGCGCGAAAAGAUAAGAGUCCUGCAAUCCAACAGUCUUGGUGACAUAUCGUUCACGGAGGGUUUACCCAGCAGCAUCUCGAAGUUAAUUUCGCCCGGCACGAAGGUGACGGCCAAACUAAGGACACCAUCCGAUGGUAUGUAUAGCGGUACGGUAGAAGGGUACGUUUCAGAAGCAAGAAGCUACAGGAUCACAUUCGAUCGCACAGGAUUGGGAUCAUGCCUGGUACCGGAUUACGAAGUGUUUUCGAUGGAAAAAGGCGAAACUAUUAAACUGAACAGUAUCACGAAGGAUUACAGGGUAGCGUACCAAAAUGCUUCUUUCUAUCUCGCUUCCCCUAAAGCCAAACCCACGAACAGUUCUGGGGAUCCGCUCCUCGGUAGCGACAUAGGGCACAAGUUGAACACCAGUGGCAGAAAAGUGUUCUUCCCCAAAGACAAUAUCGGAGGAUAUCCGGUGAAGUACCUCGAGCUGAUCGUGCGCACGAAGAAAACUCUUUCGGCGAAACAGAUGAAGCUGCUGCGUUUGCAGAACAUUACAUCGGAAGCGCAGAUCUACAAAUCGUACGACAAUCCGCUACCGGAAGAGUUCCGCAAGCGCUACGCCAUGCUGAUAGUGGCCAUCGAUAAGCUGAACCGUGAUCUUGCCGAUCAAUUGAAUCAGCUGCGCGAAUACGUUGGUAGCUUAACGCACGAUCCUGACAUGUUGGCCAUGAUCACACCGAGCCAUUACCGCGAGCAGUCCCGGGAGAAGGCGGCUCAUAUUUUCGAGAAAAACAACAAGGGCCACGUUAAGAACGAACAUAUUGCUAAUCUGAUUAAACAUCUCACCACCAUCAUGUACCUUGCGUCGAAUGUGAGUAAGAACGAGAAGGAUGAGCUCAGCAUUAUGGCACUAAAGGGUGCGAUCGUGGAAACAAGGGAACUGUUGGAACCGAGCAAUGUGGCUGCAUUCAAUCGUAACGUUGCCAACCCGAUGAGCUACAUAGACUGUCAGCCGAGUUCUUCUAAAUCGAUAAAAACGGAGUAAAGUCAAUAGUAAAGGA